AUGGGACUUCUCGUUGUCUGUUCAACCAUCGAAAAUGCUGAAAAAAUAUUGGAAGCUUUAUUUGAUAUUAUUUUGAGUAAGUAUGACGGAUUUGUUGAAAACUCUGAGACAUUGACACCCUGUUAUAAGGCUAAACGAUACUUACAAUCAUUGAUCACAACGACAAAUAUCACAAACAUUUUAGAAAAAACCAACGGCAACGAUUAUCAUGACGUAGAAGAAGAAGAAAAUGUAACUGAUACGACAAGUGAUAAUGAUAUAACUGAUAAUGAUAACAUACACAUCAUGACUUUUAAAGGGUGGACACAAUCAAUUGCAGAUAGGUCUAGAGCUAAAGUGGAUUCAAUAAAAGGGACUACUGAUAAUGCACAAUAUUUGCUUGCACUUGAACCGAUCAUAAUCCGAACGCUCAAACUAUUUCCUUGUUGGUCAGCAAUUAUGAUAGAUACAUUUGGAUAUGGUGAAGAAAUCGCAUCCAGUAGUCGUAUCGAAAGUAAUUUCAAUCACAUAAAAAACCGUGUAAUUAAAAAUGAUAAACUACCGAUACGAGUUGAUUCAUUUGUGGAAAAACUAUUAUCAUAUUAUAGAGGGAAUGAACUUUUAAUACAAGGAGAAUCAUAUGGUGAAUUGGAAACAGAUGUCGAUGAAAACAUAUGCAAUAGCAACAGUUACAGUUCUAAUACUCAAAAUAUUAUUCGAUCUCCAGAACAUGGCAAUUAUGAUGAUACAUUGUAUAAUAUGCAAAAUGAUUUUGACGUAAAUGAGUCAUUAGUAGAAACUGAACCGGCUUCCUUACACUACAUUCCUAUUUCAAAAGAUAUAAUUGUGACUUCAACAACAGAUAAAUGUCAAUCAACUUUAAAAUCAACAUGCCAUGCAUGUAAUAAUGGAGAUUUUCCGACGGGAGCACACAAAUGUAUAGAAUGUAACAAGCCUAUUCAUUUAUUUGGGUGUUCUAUAUCUAUUCAAGGAACGGAGGAAGGAUACGGUGAGUGUAGAAUUUGUUUUGACUGCGAUAAAAUAAAAUCAACAUUAGCUGAGACCAACGCAACUGAAAACUGGAAUAGAAAAAGUAUGAUUGAAAAGAAAAAACGAAGUUCACGAUCAUACCUUAAUCUCCAACCAGGAUUUGAGUUUUUAGACCUAAAUAAGCGGGGAAACAUAACUCCAGUAGUAUUAUUGAAAAAUGGAAAUAGUCUAAUCAACAAACCGAUAAUGGUACCAAGCGUAGGAAAAGUAGUUCUGAAUAAUACUUGUUCUGUAGAUUCAGUUCUAUCUAUUUUAGCGACAUCAGCUGCCGAUAGUAGUAAUUUUAAAGUGUAUUUAUCUGAAAUGGCAACAUCAAACAUGACAGCAAGAAUAUCCAUGAAAAUGAUCGAAGACAAAAACAAAACACAAAUUUAUCAUAAUAGACUGUUAUUAAUAUUGGAACAUUUUGGUAGUAAAAUAGAACUGUUAGUUGGUGGACUUAAAUCAGUAGAUACUACAAUUACUGCUGCAUCAAUGGUGAACAAGAUAAUGCAAAAAAUGCCAUCUUUCAUUGAAAGUAGUUUCUGUGACAACAAUUUAUGUACCACUCCUAUACUAGAAGUAAAAAAGACACACAUAUCACUGAACAUAUUCAAUGGCCAAAUAGUUAUUCAAAAUGAGCUCGAAAAAUUAUUUGAAAGUUCAGACGAAACUUGCUCAUAUUGUGGUGAAAAGAGGAAGACAUCGAUGGAAGCUACUACACAUAUGAUUAUUGAACUGAAUUCAAUUCCAUUUGGUAAGUAUAAUACAAAUAAUUGA